AUGAACCCUCCGAUCCCGAGCGAGUUCCCCGAGCGAUGCAGAACCUACCUCGAAGAGACGCCUUGUUCGGAAUGGAGUUUUACCGAGUUCUGGGAUGGCGAUGAGCACCUUCUUUCGGGGUGUGGGGAUGUUUGGCUGCGCGCCCUGCAGAAAAUUAUCGAUACCUCCGAUGACAGGGACAAGUCUCUUGCUGCUGGGCUGGCGAGGGCGAGGUAUAAGAACAUGGCCUUCACGCGCGAACAUCUACCGGAAUCGUCGCGGAGCAAGGGGGCCAAGUCCAAGGGGAGUAGUAAAAAACGCAAAAGGGACCCGAAGCCUCCAGCGUACGAAACCUCGCAAGAAGAAGUGACACCUGUCGCGGAUCCCCCCCGAAUCCCUUCCCCAAGCGUCCAAAAUCCCUCGCAGGCGGAUGAGGCUAGACGACUAAAACAGGUGCCAAAAGAGUCGUAUGCACAUUCGCUCAUACUGGAUCUGGAUGAUCCGGAUGUGCAGGAGCUCUUCGGGGAGGACUGGGACUCUAUCGUUUCGCUGGUAUUGCCGCUUCCGGAGGUUGAUGAUUCUCUAACGUCCUUCAUGCACGGAUUUGCAGAUGUCAAAACCACUGCCGACCUGCGCGACCGUCUCGAAACCAUGCCAUACAAACCUCCUAGCGAGACUUAUUCCCGUGAGAAGCAUGGCGACCAAGCCUGGGUUCACUCGGUCCUAACUUCAUUACUGGUCCUUUAUGAACACGAUCAUAUGUCGUGCAGGGAGAACCUCGAGGCCUGGUUCCAAAUCAACAUCUGGGGCCCAAUAUUCGAUCGCUGUUUCCAAUAUAUUCCUAAGAUGUCUAUUUCACGCUCGGAAUCUCAAUCCCCCAGCAAUUGCCGCCGGAAGAACAAAAACAAACCCAACACAAAGGACCCAACCAGUUCCAACCUGGCUGGCCCAGGCAACCCCGCUACAAGGGGCCCAGCAGACUCACACCGGAGGGGCCCAGCCUCGGAGCGCAAAGUCACAGGCAGCAAGUACGACGGCCUCAUCACCCAUUUCUCGAUCGAGUACGGCGCCGUAGAAGACAGUAAAAGGUUUGAGGAGGAGACGGCAAAGAAGUGGGUUUCGGACUCUCUAAAGCUCGCAAAGGUGCUCCAUGAUCAGAUGAGAUGUUUGGAGGAGAAGGUGAAACAUGAUAGGGGCGCUCUGGGGAGAUUUCAGUGCGUGGGGUUUGUGACCGCAGGGUUACACUGUCGGGGUCUGUAUCUGCAGUAUGGGAAGGGCCAUGUGAGUCUUCUGCGGCGGAGUGCAAAGUGUGAGGUCCCGGAGGAUAUCUCGCCAAUCACCGAUCUCAUCGCUGUACUUGUUGUGGUUUGGCAGAUAAGGGAAACUGUGCUGAGGUCUGUCCAUAACCUGGAGGGGUUCUUAGAGAGUCAUGCGGAGAUGCUAUUUCAGGUGGCGGUGAAGCAGCCGCCACCUAUACCGGCUAUAUUACUGACUUGUUUUGAUACCGAUGCGGAGCCUUGA